CCUGUGCAGCUUGCCACACGGAAGCCGAUGGACCGUGUGCUGUAAGAGAAGGUGGACAACGUUGUCAAAGAUGUCUCAACUCCAGCUUCUGAGGUUGUUCAUCAGCGAGCGGCUGAGUGCGGCUGCAGAGGAGAUCUUCACAGCGGUGCAGAGGACGAUAUUAGAGUAUGAACAAGAUAAUGACCUGCAUGGACUUAAAGAGGAGGCGGAUCUGCACAGUGAAGACACACCAAAGGUCUUUGCCUGUGCAGGCGAGCAGAAAUACAGACAGGAGUUGAGUCCUAAGAGCUGCCACAACAACCCUAAUGUGGACCAGGAGGACUGUGGCCUGCUGCUCCCUGAGACUCUGUCAAUCAAAGAGGAAGUGCAGGAGCCUUGGAGCAGAGCAGGACAACAGCUAACAGAUAUGGAGGACUCUGAUACUGACACUUUGAAGGUGACACCGACGUGCAUGAAGAGUUGCAUUGACUCAGACGUGACUGAGCUGCAAAAUCAUGACUCAGGAAAUGAAGACAGAAAGCCUGUGCCUAACACAGCCGACCCCAGAAAGGUUGAAGGAAUCUCUCAAUCAACCAGCGAAUGUUGGACUCAUUUACCAGAUUGUUCGGUAACUCUGAGUGACUUGAGUUCAGAGUUGGAUUUAGAAACACUGACGGGCUACGCUAUCAGUAAAGUCCAUGCACAGAGCUACACAAUAAGAAACCAGCUGACUGAUGGUUGUGAACCACACAGCCUAGCUCCACCUACUAAAGAGACGAAGAGGAGACGCAAAUCUUACUGCUGUCGCUUCUGUGGCAAAGAAUUCAGUCACAGCACACAUCUAGCCACACACUGCCAAAUCCACUCCGGUGAAAAACUGUUCAUCUGUGAAGUGUGUGGCAAAGAGUUUCGGCAUAGCAACAGUGUGACCGUGCACAUGAGGAUUCACACAGAUGAGAAGCCUUAUCGUUGCCGGACUUGUGGAAAAGAAUUUCGCCACGUGGGCAACUUGAACGUUCAUAUGAGAAUCCAUACAGGAGAGAAACCCUACAGCUGCACAGUGUGCGGGAAGAAGUUCAGUCGAAAUAAUUUGAUGACAAAACACAUGGCUGUACAUGCAGAAAUGAGUUUAAGCCUGAAGAGUGUGCUAAGAAGAGGCUCAGUUGACAUGAAUUCAUGAGAGUUGAUUGCUGCUGUAAUGGGAUGUCCAGGUUUUCAGAGACAAAAGGCAAAGCUGCCCUUCCUGUAUGAAAUGGUUGCUGCGGUAGGAAAAGCAUACGAUGGGUCACAGUCAAAAGUUGUGAUCAUUCUGACACUGUUGUAAACCAAUUAAUAUAACCUGGUUUAGUUUUUAGACCAAAUUGUCAUUUUAUAUUGAAAUGCUGACAUUUAAAACAUUUCAGGAGGUUUUUAACUCCACACUUCAUUUCAUCUGUCGAUGUACAAAUUAAACUUCUUCAAAGUAAAACCUGGCCAGGCCAGGUUCCAGAUGUGACUGGUCCGAUUUUGUCAAUAAUAUCUUAUGUUGAACUUAAUUAAAAUGUGAAUUUAUUUCCAUUUGAUUUGAGUUUAAAUCCAACAGAUGUUCUGAUAAGUGGUCUGGUCACUAUGAUUUCAUGUGAUUACUUCACACUUAAAAGAGUAGUUAGUUAAAAACUUCAUAUGGUAUUUGAUAUGCCAUCAGCUGAUUUAGAUUUCAGUUGCAUGAAGCUUUCAUUACGUAAACAUAUUUAUGUAAAUGUUUGCAUUCAAAGACCAGUUUAACAGCUUCAUUCUUCAAAUGGCUUUAUAAUUUUAGGAGAACAGGUUCUGCGCUGUGCAAAUACAUGAGUCUGAAAUAAAGUUUUGUGUAUUUGGAAUCCAGUUAAUUUGGUCGCACGUCACAAACUCUGUUAGGCCUUCAGUGGUGCUCGGCUUGAGUGCUAUGCUAGGGGGUUGCCAUGGGGACGGAAUGUCAACAUCCAGCCUCUCAGAGAAUCUCGUCCAGUGGCUGUCCUAACUCUAAAGAUGUCGGAAAUAUCUGCUAUGAACCGAAAGUUGAUUCAAACUCUCGCUGAAACGAUUUCGAAACAAGUACAGCACUUCAAUAAAACAGAGGUUGAGUGUCUCAUCCGAGAGUUUAACGUGCUGCUGGGAGAGCCGACUAUCGCUGGAAGAGCAGCUACCGGCCUGGACAGAGGGAAGUUCAGGAACGUACUGCACAACAUAUUUGGGAUGACUGACCACAUGAUCAUGGAUGGAGUCUUCAGGACAUUUGACAAAGACAAUGACAGCUUCGUCAGUAUGAAAGAGUGGAUUGAGGGACUGUCUGUUUUCCUCCGAGGCACCCUGGAUGAAAAAAUAACAUUCUGCUUUCAUGUAUAUGACUUGAAUGGUGACAACUACAUAACCAGAGAGGAGAUGUUUCACAUGCUGAAGAACAGCCUCAUCAUACAGCCCACAGAGGAGGACCCUGACGAGGGAAUUAAGGACCUGGUGGAGAUCACACUCAAGAAGAUGGACCAUGACCAUGAUGGCCGACUAUCUUUUGCGGACUUUGAUAAGGCAGUGAGAGAGGAGACCCUACUACUUGAGGCUUUUGGAACCUGCCUCCCUGACACUACGAGUACUGAGAUGUUUGAGCAACAUGUAUUUCAGGACCAACUGGAACAAUGAAGAAAACACAUUUCUGUGUAUUCUUUAAUAAAAUAUUAAUAUCUAUUUGCAUUGUGAUUCAAAAAUUGUAAAUAAAACCAAGCUGCCAAGA